AUGUCUGUUGCGGUCGUUCAAGGCGCAUCUGGGGGGCUUGGCGCAUCUCUCACCCGUCAUAUCCUGCGCCACACGAACCUCUCAGUAUAUGCUCUUACCCAGCAGCCCUCUGCAUCCAGACUCGAAGACACCAUACUGGACUUUCUCCCUUCUGGAGUAGGAGACAAGGGCAAGCUAUCGACAUCGGAGAGAUUGACAGUGGUCGAUAGCGUGGACAUCAGAGAGGAGGACGGGUUGGAGAGAGCAAAGGGGCUAGUCAAGGAGAGAGAAGGAGAAGGGAGUGUCAGGCUGGUGGUGUGUCUCGCUGGAAUUCUCAAAGCCGAGAAAUCACUCGCUGGCAUCAACCUCCAGGACGCCCUCAAUUCUUUCCAAAUCAACACUCUAGGUCACCUGAUGACCUAUAAGCACUUUGUUCCUUUGAUUCCCAGCAAAAAGGCUUUUAAAGAGCUCAAAGGUGGAUGGGGAGAGGAGGGCGAUCCGGCAAAGGGGUUGAUGGGAAGUGGGCAUUCGAUCUGCUGUUCGCUCAGUGCGAGGGUGGGGAGUAUUGGAGACAACGAGAGAGGAGGCUGGUAUUCUUAUCGAGCCUCAAAAGCCGCUGUGAACCAAAUAAUACGGACGCUGGACCACGAACUCAUCAACAAAUCAUCCUCCGGAAUAGCAUACGGCUACCACCCCGGAACAGUCCUUACCCCAUUCACAGCACCCAUUAUCGGCAACCCUUCUCCCGACGCGUCCCAGGGCAGGUUCGAUGUCGAUCAAGCCAUAGUGCAUCUGACAGAUGUGAUGGGCAAGGUCCAAAGAGGUGCAGAAGGGGAAGAGGGAGAGUGGGGAGGGAGGUGUUGGGAUUGGAAGGGCAAAAGGAUCGAGUGGUAG